CAAUAUAAUUCAAAAAUAACUCUACAAAUUUGUAAAAUGUCUUCGUUGAAAUCGACGGAGAAGCCAACCACAAGCUCUGCUAUGCAGAAGUCAAUUCAAAAGGAUCAUGGAUGUCCCUUGAGGGAUACCGAGAGUUUGGAAGCAAUCGACAAUCGCCUUAAGAACCUUCUGACUCGUUUGACAACUAUGGAGAAUUCGCUCGCCGAGUUGAGCGUUCCCCUUCAGGCGUACUUCGACGAAGAUCAUGGAGACACCGAUCAGGAUUUAAAGGACUUACAGGAUGCUUUGAAUGACCAGGAUACUGAACUUUCAGACUUAGCCGAUGACGAAGAAACUGGAGAGAAGGAUGAUGUCUGUAAUGUUGAAGAAUUAAAUGAAGAAAAUUCAGAGAAUCCAUAAGCGAUAGCUUUUCAGGAUCUAAAUGUUUUUAAUGUUAUAAUAGUUAAGGCCAGAAAAUUGUUAUGA